AUGCCGCCCAACGGGGGAGACGCAGCGGCCACCUCUGUGCGCAGCCGGCCAUUACUGAACUACAAGGACUUGGGGUUGAGUACGCAGAAUCGAAAGGUCCGCUUCACCUGUGUGCAUGCCUCUGAGAACUUCAUUGCCUGCGGCGGCAAUAAUGGCAGCGUCUAUCUGUACGCAACGUCGGCGACGGGCCGUAGCGAGGGCGAUCGAACGUCGGCCAAGUACCACUUGGUCAAGACGAUCUCUCCGCCCAGCAAAGAUCGCGUGGCAGUCACGUGUCUGAGCAUCUGCCCGCUGCAAAAACGUCUUGUAGUUGGCACCAUGCGCGGCGUCGUGUACGCUAUACAGCUGUCAGACUACCACAAGAUCGGUGAGAAGGUCGAGUUCUCGCACGACUUCCAUGCAGGCUUCCCCAUCACCUGCUUCUUGUGGGACAGGCGCGGCACAAGGCUCUUCUCGGCUUGCAACGCAGGUCUCGUGUGUCAAACUGUGCUCCGUGCUGGCGUUUCAGCAAUCUUCGGCAGCACAGACACUGAGCUAUUGCUGAAGGAAGAGACCGGCAUUGUACAGCUAGAUAUUGCGAAAAGCGAGCGGUCUUAUAUUCUGAUGGUGUCGUCCCAGCUGCGAGUGUUGCUGUUGAACCUUUCGGCUGGAGAUGGAAGCGCUGUCCAGAUCGGCACGAAGGCGCGGCAAGGAUCGUAUGGCGCGUGCUUCUUCACCAGUUUAAACGUCGAAGCGAUUGAUCCAUCGAAAAAGCGGGAGAUCAGAGUGUUUUCGUCACGACCAGGUCGGCGAUUGUGGGUUGCUGAUCCCCAAUCAGGAACAGUCUCGUCCACCUUGAAAUUCUCGCUGAGCAAGAACCCUACGCAGUUUCUGCGGAGUCCGGAGUGUGCAAUGGAAGAAGGAAUUCAACCUAGGAAUUUGUCAAUUAACAAGCUUGAGCGCUUCCAGUUCGUGCAAGAUCCUCCCUAUGCACCACGAGAUGUGAAAGAUGCGACCACAUUGCUAGUGAGCUGGAGCGUGGGAUCCAGUGUGCUGUUCUUCCUGGACCCCUUUGCAGUUGACAUUGUUGAGUGGCAUCUGGAUUUGGGCAUCAUCCACGAUUUAAAGAUUAUCGACGAAACUACGCUAGUUGUCCUCCAUGGUGAUGCCCCAAAGGUGUCUUUGAUUCAGUCCUGCUCGGCAGAUCAGUUCCUUCAGAUUUAUGGUGCCGACGACAUGAAGAAAGCUGUUGAGCUUGCAGUCGAGUUUAACCUGAAUGAUGCCCCCGUAGUGGAAUCAUUGCACGCUCAAUGGCUGGCCUUUUUGGAUAAAACUGGUGCAAAAUCCGGAGAAUACGGCGAGCUAACUGCUUCUCUUAAGGCCCUUGUGGGCAAAACAAAGGCAGUGGAAGAGGAAUACAGGGUGGCAGUUGAGUCUGGCCUGCCUACUCCGACCGAUUCACAGCCGUUGCAAGUCAUCUUUAAGCAGCGUCCGCAGCAAUCAGUGUCGGCAGCAGCUACCGCGACAAGUGAUUUGUUUGCAGGUCAGAGCGACUCCACAGAAGUGACGCUGGGGACUGGCAGCGCUCUGCACAAGCCUAUCGAGUACUUUGAUGUGUUGGCGCCAUCAGUUCAAUCGUACUCCAAAAGUAUUUGCGCACCUGAUGGUUCCUUCAUGGAAGCAAGACUGAUGGAUAUUCCGGUGCUACCGCGGUCCAACGUCGUGCUUGCUGACGAUUUCCGUGAGAAUUUUAUGGAGGAGGUCAUGGAGGAGGUGAAACGAUCCGAGCUAGUACGAAUUGAGGAAGGUGCCAUGAAUAUGAACCUCCUACCGGUACUAAAAGAUGGCUCAACAGCGGCAGCCAAGGCGUUUUCAACCUUUAUCCCGGGCAGCAGCAUGCUUACGCACCUAAUGGACGGGUCUAUGAUUACUGAUCCAUUUGGACGCUCGGACGCCUCGGGGAUCUUUAACGACUUUCCUGACUUUGAUGGCGACGAGCUUGUAAUCGACCCGGAUCCGAGAAUUUUUCAGCGUCGAUAUACACAUGGCCAGAGGCUCAAAACUGACACGAAUGAGUGCUCUGUACUGCGGAUAGCAAUGUCAACGAUUGGAGAAGCAGACGAAAGCAAUCUCGACACAGAAGUGCUGCUGGAGGCGAUUGCGAUGGAUAUUUGGGACACAGAUCUCAAGUACACAUCCAAUCUACCCAUUAGUGAACAGCUGAACCUCCCGGAAAACGUAAUCCAGCCACGCGAGUCAAAACCAGCUCUGAUCGAGCCUUUGAAGGUGCAGACGUCUAUAUCCACAGCGUCGUCGUCUGGCGCCUCCACGCCUGUCAACAAGGUCAAGCAGCGCCUUGUGCAUCGCGCAUCAAUGUCUCCAGAUGCAAGCCGGGCAGCCCAGCGUGCGAUCCAGAAGCAUUUUGGGGCAACACCCAAUUGUGAAAUUAAGCUGAAGUGUAUGGUAGGCGGUCGGAUUGCUGUCUCACCAGAGCUGGAGCCCACCAUUCGACGUGAUGUCGCCGAACUAGCUUCAGAGCUUCAUGCAGCUUCAGCUACCGCCGAGAAAACAAAGCAUCUCGCACGGAGACUUUGGCCAGCAUCUGGAAUUACACGGGUAUGCGCAUGUCUCACCAGUUUGUACCUGCUUCAGGGCGACAUGAAUCAAGUGCAGGUGACAAUUAGCGCGUGGCUGAACUGCUUCGACCCUAAUGCGCAGCAGGAGGGCCCAGAAGGAAACGAAGACUCUAUCGAAAACAAGAGUGAGCUCAAUAAUGCACCUGCAGCUGCAAGUGGAUUUGCCCGUGGCGAGGCUCUUUUGGAUGGCGAUGGCUUGCCGCUGACGAGAGGUGACUGGAACCUGGUGCGAACACUGAUGUCAAUUUACUUUGCGAUUUGGGCUGCUGGAUCAAAGUUGCAUUUGCACCCUUUGAACCAGAAGGACCACCCUAAUGGCGAGUUUUGUAGAUUAUACGAAAGCGAGAUGGGGAUAACGAUGACAUUGGAGCCGCGCUAUCAAUGGGGUAGUGACGACGAGACUGAGUCAGCCACAUCAGAGGAAGCCGAGGCGUUCGUAGCCAAAUAUGGUGUGUAUAUCAACCCGGACCUUGCUGCAGAAGUGUGCAACCUUCGUCAGUUUACAGGUGCAUUGAAGAUUGUGCUGGAUGAGGUCGUCUCCAGUGCCGACAUGGAUGAGACGUGUGGCGACAUUGUGAGUUGGAUCUCGGAGAAGGAGAGUGGCAAAGCUUUCUCAACGUUGAAAGAGCGGGAUUCUCUGUGUCUUUUGUUGCACUUGCUGGACAUCUUGUUGAAGAAAUGUCCUCAGGAAACUAUCGAGUUGUGUGUAAGUAAGUAUCCCGUGUUGUAUCCGUGGAAUAUCGAGCAAGCGUUGUUCGGAGUAAACCUUGAUUGGGAUGCAGUCGAUGAAAGCAAAGAUGGCAUUCGUGAGAUCUACAAGCCAGCGACGGUGAGCCAGACGUCGAAAUACUUCCGAUAUCUUGUGCGACUUCUUGCAGAGAAAGGUGACGAAGCUGGUAAAGAUGCACAAGUUGUUAGCAGAUGCUUGGAGUUGUGCUUUGCAAGCGAUGCGGUCGUAGGCGACCUGUUCGAUCACGAAGAGAGGCCUAGUCGAAUUGCGUGGGUUGCGGCACUUAUUCGCCAACCUGAUAGGUUCACGUAUGACCGUUCGAAGUGCUGGAAAAUGUUUGCAGAGAACAAUGCAUUUUCUGCUCUCAUGGAGUUGACGAUGUUGUCCUUACGAGACGAAAGCGAUGAGACUGCGCUUGAACGAGGACUCGCUGAACUCUCGGAGUUGAUGACACUUAUUACGAGCAGUAACGAGCUGGUCGUGCUCGACGCAGUGUUUGAACGAGUGGCAGUUCUACCGCACAACUCGGAGGAGUGUCUCUCCAGGAUCCUGGGUCAAAUGCAAGCGUCUGUGUCAAUCGAGAAUCGCAACGAACGACUGUGCUCUGCAGUGAUCCACGCACUGUUGAACUCGGUGGAUCUUGGAUACGGCAUGCGUCUUCUUGCUCGCUUUCCAAUUCUCUUCGCUGCUGCACCACUACAAACUUAUCACACGAUUGUGGAAACGCACGUGCUGACAGAGCGUCAGAAACAUGAAAUCUUGCAGAUUUUAGAGAUCGUGGACACCAACGUGUGGGCAUCGUACAAGGAGGACGUUUCAGCUACAAGCUCGGUGUCUUUUGCUCCACAGCUUACUGCUAUCCUGCAGCUUGAGAUGAGUGCGCUGUUUCCGGCUAUGAACCGAGAGCAAUACGAGCUGUGGGAGACCAAAUGCAAGCAGUAUGAUGAAGAGACGAAGUCACACAGACGAAGUAAGGUGGAGGAAACAGGUAUCGACAUCGGGUCUCUCUGCAGGCCGAUUAGCCCUCCACUUGGUACGAACCGCGGUACUGGAUCGCGGAUGUCUUUGGUUGCAGCUCCGAUGGCUUGCCGGUCGUUUGAGUAUCGGAAUAGUGACUGGGGUGGCGAAGUGCAGCUACAUGACUCCACGUGCGGAACAUGUGAUCUCCCAGUGGUGAUUAUCAGUGACAACAACACCAAUCUGGACGUGAUACUUCUUCCGUGUGGACAUGCCUUUCACGAGAACUGCUUGGAAGAGAAUUCGUGUCCAGUUUGUUUAGAAGCCAAUCUGAGCACGUUGGACUGCUUUUAAAGAAUAAUGUCGCCAUAGGUACAGGUGAAUUAGUUAGAUGGGACGCACUUUGAAGUAUAUGCUGUUGCUGAAUAUUGUUACUGGAGUCUAGUACGUGAGUGCUAAUGUUGAGGACUCGUUUGAGGCUGGUUCGACGAUUUUUUCCCGCGCUUGCCCCGAUUCACGAUGAGACCCACCAAUUUCUUUCGCAUUUGGCGGUCAAUCACGGUUUCCUCGUCCGCUAAGUCUCCAGCUGCCCCUGCGUUGGUGAUGUCUCCAGCCUCAUCGUUAUUGUAAGUACCGUCGUGUCCAGAAGUAUGGCCAGCACGUCGAACCGAAGAAACUUUCGGCUCCUCCCCGGGAAGCAAAAGAAAUGAGGAUCUGACGACGCUCGAUCGUGACUUGGGACGUACACGAACAUUGGCUGGUGACGCAGUGGUUGACGCCAUACGCAAGAUGAAAUGCAUUUCUGUCUCGGAGGAUGCAGGAGCACGCACAGAGUUCUGGUGAACUCCAGGCUUAUCGUCUGUGGUUGGAGCGCCGCCAGUGAGUACAGACCCUGAUCCGGAACUGUUGGGGUUUGUCGUCGUCUCGGAUCGAUGCAGCUCACGCUCGGCUUUUUCGCGAUUGAUGACAUCCAAGACGCGGUUAAGCUUCUGCUCUAUGAUGUGCAGUAAAUCCGGCGUGGGCGUCUCUAUUGCUCGACUGAGUUCGUGCUGGUCGUCGUAAUCCAGAGAUCCGUGCACCGUGCUGAGCUUGGUAAGACACUUCAGCAUACACGCACGAAAAGCGUCCAUGAGGACAUUAGCGCGGUUGCACUU